AUCUCAUCAGGUCUCAAUAAAAAUCAGAGGACUUUCAUGCCAUGACAAUUGAUCUGUCCCAUCCUCUACAACACAUCUAACGUUGUCCACUUCGCUACCCUACGUCACCUGCACACCCCACCACGCUAAGUGAGGGGUAAAACUCCUUCCCCUGAAGCCGUCACCAGAUGCAACAGCCACACAUUUGUGUUGCACAUGGAAACGCUCGACUACUCGACACGCGCCGACAUCACCGACGACAUUGCCGGAUCUCUCAGAAAGAGCUGCGUCGAGAUGGCCUUGAAUCGCAUCGAUGGCGACGAGGAGCUUUACGUGGGAGGAAUUUUUGCUCUCAAACGUCCAACCGCUCUGAGUGAUCGCGGCAUCACCCACGUCCUUUCCGUGGUGCGGUGCGACCCGUCAGAGGACUGGAGCGCUCAGUACAGACACAAGGUCAUUGAUGUGGAUGACGUGGACGAUGAAGAUUUACUCUACCACCUGCCAGGGGCGGUGAGAUUCAUCGACGAUGCCCUACAUCCGAAGCCUGAAGGGAAGGAAAAGAAAGCAGUGAGAAAUGGCCGCAAGGCUGCAGUAUUGGCAGAUGUCAUUGGCGUCGCAACUGGAGGCGAUGCGACUGGCCCCAGCGACGAUGAAGCCAGUGACGAGCAAGCCGAGGCAGACGAAGAUACAGUAUUCAAAGCCAAGGCUGAUCGUCUUCGUGCUGCCGCCAGUCCCAGCCAGAAAGACACGCCCGCUUUGUCGGCCGACCCACGGUCUGCCGACCCCGAUGCCAUAACGCCUGUGCCUGCCAUCGAGCACCUGUCUCUCUCAAGCGCAGGGAAGCCAGGGGCGGUCUACGUCCAUUGCGCCAUGGGAAAGUCACGCUCCGUCACUGCUGUCGCCGCCUAUCUCCUCUUCAAGCACCCCGCUCGCUUUGGCCAACGGCCCGCAGCGACCGAGAUUCAUUCCUCCGUGAGUUCGACGGCCAAGUGGCAGGGGACGAGCGACGCCGCGCGAAAAGCUGUCGAGGCUGUCGUCGCCCACAUCCGCAAGACACGCGAGAUUGCCGAGCCCAACCCGGGCUUCAUCUCGCAGCUCGAGAUGUGGUGGGACAUGGGCUGCCCCGUGAAGGAGGGAGAGCUGGAGAAGCACCAGAUCUACCAGCGCUGGACAUACAAGCGAGAGGUGGAGGAGAGCCUGGCUGUGGGCGAGGCGCCGUCGCGCCUGCGUUUCGAGGAUGAGGAGAGGGCAAAGGGCGGCGCCUCAGCUGGAGGGGCUUCAAAGUGCAGUUGCGGAGGUUGGGUCACGCCAGCGUUUAGCCUCGCCAGAGGCCGCGUGGACGAGGUGCGGGCGUCGGUGGGCGUGGGCGCCGGCACGGGAGCUGAUGCCGAAGCAGCGAGGAGGGCGCAGAGGGCUGCGUUAGGUAUCAGGAUGCCGGCUGGGGCGGGAGGCGGCAAUGGUAGGCUUUGA